AUGGCUUCCAAAAUAACUCCUCAGAUGUUCCGUGCUUUCAGAGCUUCUCCACGAGCUGUGUGGUCCGCCCAGGUGCCUCGUGCUCCAACUUUCUGUCGCUUCUUCGCGGCCAAGACCGAGCAACCGCGUCUGCGUCUAGGUUCAAUCGCCCCCAACUUUCAGGCACAGACAACCAAGGGCGAGAUCGAUUUUCAUCAAUUUAUCGGGGAUAAGUGGGCUAUUCUUUUCUCACACCCUGCAGACUUCACGCCAGUGUGCACGACCGAGCUUGGUGCUUUUGCAAAGCUCAAGGAUGAAUUCGAAAAGCGCGGCGUGAAGAUGAUCGGAUUGAGCGCGAAUGACCUCGGUUCCCAUGAUGAGUGGAUCAAGGACAUCAAUGAAGUUGGCUCCACAGAUGUUCAAUUCCCCAUUAUCGCCGAUGCCGACCGCAAAGUUGCUUUCCUAUACGAUAUGAUCGACCAGCAAGAUUUAGACAACAUCGACCAGAAGGGAAUUGCGUUCACCAUUCGUUCUGUGUUCAUCAUAGAUCCCAGCAAGAAGAUCCGCCUGACCAUGAUGUACCCCGCCUCCACGGGCCGAAAUUCCGCAGAAGUCCUGCGUGUGAUUGAUUCGCUGCAGACCGGCGACAAGAAGGGAGUGACUACGCCCAUCGACUGGAAUGUCGGUGACGAUGUCAUCGUGCCUCCCUCUGUAAGCACUGAGGAUGCGAAGAAGAAGUUCGGCGAGGUUCGCGAGGUGAAGCCUUACCUACGCUACACCAAGAUUUAA